AUGUCAAGUCACAAUGCACCACAUCCACCGAGGGAUCUUACCAAGCAGAACUCAUGGUCUCAUGAUGUGAACCGCAACAAGGCUUGGCUGCAGAAGAAAAAGAAACGACGAGUAGAUCUCAUUAAUCACAGCAAGAGCGUCACAAACGACGAUCUCGAAGAGCUUAAAGGUUUUAUCGAGCUUGGGUUUGGUUUUGAGCCAGAUUCUCCUGAUCUGACUCAAAGGCUCAGCGAUACACUCCCAGCUCUAGAUUUGUACUGCGCUGUUCAAAGACAAUAUAGUAACCAUUUGUCCCGGACUUCGUCAUCCGCAUCGGAACGCAGCAGCUCUAGCACCACAACUAUUGUCAACAAAGGUGAUGAUCAGAAGACAAUGAAGCAGAAGCUGAAGCAAUGGGCUCAGGUUGUCGGUUUUUCGGUGCGCCUAUUCUCCAAGAAACCAAAUUGA